AAACAAACAACAUCUCAUUUAAUUUUGAUCCGGCUUUAUCUUCGACAAACAACAGGACAUAGGACAAAGAAAGUGGAGUCAAAAUCCACUCUACUAGUAGUAUUAGUUUUCCGCUGUAGCAUUUUGAUUUGGUAUCUACUCUCAAAAUGUGUCCCUCCAUUAUUAGCCAUGUGUCCAGUAAUUCUCAAUUCUCUGAGAAGUCUAAAAACUAAAAUAUCUGCCAUCGUUUUCAUUCAGUGCUGAAUGGAAAGCUCACUUGCGCUCUUGCACUUUUCCUUAACCCCACACAUGCAAAACAACAAACCUAUGCAAACACAUGCACUUUUCCUUAACCCCACCCCUUAUCUCUUUGUUCAGCCAUCUUUACUGUCUUGUACUCUGUUUCAGCACACCCCCUUCUCCAUUUCUCCGUAUAUAUGCCAAGAAGAAGAUCCACUUUUGGAUACAGAGACGGCCUUAAUUAGUCACACAACUUCCAUAAGCCCAUCUGCCCAUGGCACAGUUCGAAUUGGGUGAUGCUGCUUCUCUCAAGCAGAGAUGGGAGAGCAUCAGCUCAGCUGAUUCAAUUACCAAAGCUGCAGAAAAUCCUGAUGGUUGCUUUGAUUGCAACAUUUGCCUAGACUCGGCGCACGACCCGGUCGUCACCCUCUGCGGCCAUCUCUUCUGUUGGCCCUGCAUUUACCUGUGGCUCCAUGUCCGAACCUCUUCGGCCCCAGACGCAGACUGUAAGCAUAAAUGCCCGGUUUGUAAGGCCGAUGUCUCCCCAGCUUCACUAGUUCCUCUCUACGGGAGUGGCUCGCCCUCCUCCCGCUCCAAACCCAAAAGGUACAACCUCGGCGGCGUGGCUGUCCCUCACAGACCAUCAGCCUGUGGAUUGCAUACCUUGAUUACCACUGUAGCAUCAUCCCCUUUGAACCCGCAUCAGAGUCGUCGCGUUCUUCACGAUCCUCGCCCUUACUACGGAAGUUAUACUGCAGCAUCGGCUGAGCUCGGGGACGUGGCCUUGCCAAGUGCUUUUAGUUCAAUGGUUGGGUUGUUAGGGAGGAUGGUGUAUACCAGCAUCUUUGGUGGUUCGGACACAAGCUUGUUCGGUUAUCCUUAUCAGAAUUCGUAUGCUGAUCUGAUGGGUGGGAGUAGUAGUCACAGAAUUAUGAGAAGGCAGGAAAUGCAGGCUGACACGUCUCUUAACAGAGUUUCAUUCUUUCUUUUCUGUUGCUUUCUUCUUUGCCUUCUCUUGUUCUGAACUUAAACUCUGCUUCCACCUCUUGUAUGGUUGUGCAGAUUAUGAAGAAUUCUGGUUUGCCAUUUUACCCAUAGUUGCAUGUCAAUUUUUUGGGCAGGAUUUCUAAUUAAUUGUCUAUCUUCUCAA